UGAUGAGGAACCAAGAGGGAUGAUUCUGUUAUGGAGCACAGCACGGAGCAGCCACAGGAACUACUAGAAAAGAUGACAUCAUCCCACCAGGAUAUCACACGCUGAGGAGACAGACGGAUAAACACAGAACAGCGGAAGAAAGAGAGAGAGAGAGAGAGAGAGAGAGAGAGGUGUAGUUUCAGGGAGAGGAGAGGAGAAGAGGACAGGAGAGGAGAGGAGAGGAGAGGAGGAAGCAUGAGGACAGCCAAGAAAGGGAGCGUUGAGAUGCCGGCGUUCAUGCGUCAGCUGGUGAAGGAGACGGAGAAACGAGUGAGUUCCUUCUUUAAAGGUGGCCGCCAAGGAGGAGGAGGAGGAGGAGGAGGAGGAGGAGGAGGAGGGGAGCAGGCGGAGGGGGAGGAGGGCGGUAGCGAGGAGGAGGGCGGGGCGAUCCCCUGCCCCUACCUGGAGCGGCCGGUGCUGGACAAGCUGCUGGAGGAGGGCUGCUCGGCGGACGGCAGCGUCCACUUCGCCUGCGGCUGCAUGCAGGGCUGGCGCUCCACCAUGGAGGACUUCCACAACUGCUACCCGCAGCUGGGCGGCACGCUGGCCACGUGGGCAUUCUUCGCCGUGUUCGACGGGCACGCGGGCAGCGCAGUGGCACAGCACUGCUCACGGAACCUGCUGGAACACAUCCUGGCCACGGGCUCGGUGGGUCCAGAGGAGGACGAGGAGGGCGUGACAGAGGGCCUGACGGAGGGCUUCCUGCGCAUGGACAAGCAGCUGCACGGCGUGGCGUCCAGAGAGGGCUGGGAGCGCGGCGGCACCACGGUGGUGUCCACUCUGCUGACGCCCCAGAGCAUCUACUUCGCCAACCUGGGCGACUCGCGGGCACUGCUGUGCCGAGGCGGGCGAGUGGGCUUCGCCACCGCCGACCACAAGCCCUACAGCCCGGCGGAACGGGAGCGCAUCGAGCGCGCGGGGGGAUCGGUCACCCUGCAGCGGGUCAACGGCUCCCUGGCGGUCUCGCGCGCGCUGGGCGACUUCGGCUACAAGACGGCGGAGUGGCGGUCGGCGCGCGAGCAGAUGGUGUCGCCGGAGCCCGAGGUGACCGUGGUGGAGCGCUCGCCCAUGGACGAGUUCCUGGUGCUGGCCUGCGACGGAGUCUGGGACGCCAUCAGCAACGAGGACCUCUGCCAGUUCGUCAGCAGUCGACUGCGCGUCUGCUCCGACCUCACGGACGUCUGCUCCCAGAUCAUCGACCUCUGCCUCUACAAGGGGAGUCUGGACAACAUCAGCGUGCUGCUGGUGUGUUUCCCCGCGGCGCCCCCGCUGUGCCCGGACGCCCUGCGCCAGGAGGCCGAGCUGGACCACCUGCUGGAGGCCAAAGUGGCAGAGAUCUUCGAGGAGCUGAGUGGCCGGGGGGAGGAGCCUGACCUGCUGUCCGUUCUCACGGUUCUGGCCUCAACUGUAAUUCCAGGGCUCCCACCAGGUGGCGGACUUCAGAGCAAGCGCAACUGCAUCAUCUCUGCUUACUACCAGCAAAAGGAGGCACGGCAACUGAGGUUAUCUCAGGAAAUGGGUGGAGCAUCAGAGACCUUCUAAUUGUACUCAUUGUUGCAGUAUGUCAAAGGACUAUCCGAUACCACUCCAGGACUAUCUGAUACCAUACCAGGACUAUCCAAUACCACGCCAGGACUAUCCAAUGCCACUCCAGGACUAGCCAAUACCACGCCAGAAUCCCACAUGUGCAACAUGUACAAGAGGAUUCAUUAUUUGCACAAGUGUUUUCAAAUGUCACAUUGAUUCAUGUGAUAUUUGAUAUUUAAAUGACUGUCUUUUUUAUUUUCUAUUUUUAUUUUAUUUGUCUUUAUUUGACUUUAUCUUUUCUAUUGAAGAUAAUGUGUAUGAGUUAUUCUGAUGUGGACGUGAAACUAAGGGUGCGCUGCGAUCCCAUGGCUCCUACACUGAGAGGCCUACCCACUGCACAGGGUGAAGAAUUCACAGGGAACUCCAUCACUAAAACAGUUUUAUUUGGAAUGCUAGUCCAUAGUUACCGUAGAGAUGUUUGGAUUGCCCUGCUAGUCCUUAGUUACCAUAGAUAUGUUUGGAUUCACGAGACACAUCCAACGCAUCAUCCGUUCAAAACAGUGGAGAGUUAGCUUGCUAGCUUGCUAAUGUUUGAUAGUUGGCUCGCCACAUUUCAAACGUGAUUUGAGUGUACUGUACAGGGUUUAUUUAUCUCUAGAUUUCUCAAAAUCCAAGCAUGAAAAAGCCGAUGGCGUAUAUCUGCAAAUAUGGCCGCUUCAGACUAUCAACUAAAAUCUAGAUGCCAUCUUUGCAGUUCCCUCCACUGAAGUGAUGUUGCUAUAGCACCCUACACAUUGCAGUUCCCUCCGGUGAAGUGCUGUUGCUAUAGCGCCCUACACAUUGCAGUUCCCUCCGCUGAAGUGCUGUUGCUAUAGCGCCCUACACAUUGCAGUUCCCUCCGCUGAAGUGCUGUUGCUAUAGCGCCCUACACAUUGCAGUUCCCUCCGCUGAAGUGCUGUUGCUAUAGCGCCCUACACAUUGCAGUUCCCUUCCAACUGAACACUGUCGCCCCCUACAGAACGGAAUAUCACUUCACAUCUGAACACCCUGAACACCCUGAACACCCUGUACACCCUCUACACCCUGAGUCUACUGCUGGCUGAAUCAGAGGAUCUGCCAGACCUGGUGCUCAUGCCAGAACUAGGCCAAAUCCACGCCAGAACUAGGCCAGAUUCAGGCCAAAUCCGCGCCAAAUCCAUGCCAGAACUAGGCCAGAUUCAGGCCAAAUCCACGCCAGACCUAGGCCAGAUCUAGGUGGGAUCGGUUGCAGACUCAGCUGUGUUCUAGGACUAGUUUCAACAAGAUCAGUAACGCAUUAAGUCAGGCGAGAGAAGAAACCAGGCGAAGCUUUUAUUGAAUACUUUGAAUAUAUCGAGUUGUGAGUGUCAGAGCAUCGGUGGUAAAGUUCAACUGUACUGUAUAUUUGAUUGUAAUCCCAUGACCGAUGAGGGCACAGGAAAGUGUGUCUUCUGAGAGUCUUUUCCCCUUGAUAUAUAUAUAUAUAUAUCAGUGAUGUCAUGCUUCCCCUUGAUAUAUAUAUCAGUGAUGUCAUGUUGUCAGGGAGAUUAGAUUGUUCAGGUGCAGUUUAUUGGUAGACCCUUGGUCCGCGUAAAGGAAUCCCACAUGUGUGUGAGCUAGUCCAAGGAAUCCCACAUGUGUGUGAGCUAGUCCAAGGAAUCCCACAUGUGUGUGAGCUAGUCCAAGGCAUCCCACAUGUGUGUGUGUGAGCUAGUUUAAGGAAUCCCACAUGUGUGUGAGCUAGUCCAAGGAAUCUCACAUGUGUGUGAGCUAGUCCAAGGAAUCCCACAUGUGUGUGUGAGCUAGUCCAAGGCAUCUGUCUUCCCUGCUGAAAAAAACAGCAAGAAACCAGCUUAGGCUGGUAGCUGGUUUUAGCUGGUCUUUGCUGGUCUUUGCCCAAAACACAGUUAUUAUUGCUGGUCUUUGCUGGUGUAGCUGGUUAGGCCACCAGCUAGACAUGCUGGCGUGACCAUCUGAGGAAGCUGGUCGUGCUGGUGUGACCAGCCUGUCGUUUGGGAUACAACUGGUUUAAGAUGGUCAUGCUGGUGACCAGCCUGUCAAGCUUGACAAAGAUGGUCAAGCUGGUUUUCUAGAAUAACCAACAUAAGCUGGCGUGGCCAGUAAAAACCAGCAAUGUAGACCAGCAACACCAACUAAAAUGACCAGCUUAAGGUGGUACGACAAUCAAAACCAGCUGAAUUACCAUCAUAAGCUGGGUAAACCAGCUGAAGGUGUGUUUUCGCGAGAGUUUUGCUGGUCUAGCUGGUUAACCAUCAAAGGGUGGUCAAAUAAGCUGGUUAACAAGCUGGUCAACCAGCAAACCACCUUUAGCUGGUCAGGCUGUUUUUUUCAGCAGGGUUAUCUCUGUCUUUCCAAGACCAGACCCUCAGGGGCUCACUUUGCUCGC